AUGGCAGCGCGCUUCCCGCCUCUUGGCACUUCCCUUGCCCUUUCUCAAAAUGGCAACCUCCGGCUUCAAGCCGGGGCCGGGUUUCCCUCCGCCUCUCCCUUUAGAAAAAUGGCGGCGCAGGGCGCUCCCGCCCCGCCCCUCCCAGAGGUUCCUCCUAACGGCUUCUGCUGUCCGGCUUUUGAAACGCUGGAGGAGCCAGCAGCUCAGUUUCAGGCUCUUCUGCAGCCCACCAUGAGGGUGGCCAGCGCCCCUGGGUUCUGGCCCAGUCUGGGAGCUGCUGAGCGGCUUUGCUCGCCCUCGUGCCGGUGUGUCCCCGGAGCUCCCGUCGCCUUCGGCGGACCGGGAGCCAAGGCCACGUCUAGACUCCUGGUGAACUACCAAGAACCUUACCGCUCCCAGAUUUUAGAUUAUCUGUUCAAGCCAAAUUUUGGUGCUUCUUUACAUAUCCUGAAAGUAGAGAUUGGAGGUGAUGGACAAUCGACAGAUGGUACUGAGCCCUCCCACAUGCACUAUGAAAAUGAUGAGAACUACUUCCGGGGCUAUGAAUGGUGGCUGAUGAAAGAGGCUAAAAAGAGGAAUCCCAAAAUUAAACUGAUUGGAUUACCUUGGACGUUUCCUGCAUGGAUAGGAAAGGGUGAGAAUUGGCCCUAUGAUUAUCCAGAUGUCACUGUUUACUACAUCGUUUCCUGGAUAUUAGGAGCCAAACAAUAUCAUGAUUUGGACAUUGAUUAUAUUGGGAUAUGGAAUGAAAGGGCAUUUAGUAGCAAAUAUAUCAAGGUACUUCGACAGUCUUUGGACAGACUGGGUCUAAGGAACAUUGGCAUCAUCGCUGCGGAUGGAGAUUGGAAUAUUUCAAAGGAGAUGAUAGUUGAUCCCUAUCUUAAUGAUGCUGUUCAGGUAGUCGGGGCUCACUAUCCUGGAACAAAAACAGUACCGAAUGCCAUAUUAACUCAGAAGAAACUGUGGUCUUCAGAAGAUUAUAGUACUUUGAAUGAUGAAGUAGGUGCAGGCUGUUGGGCUCGGAUCCUGAACCAAAACUACGUGAAUGGAAACAUGACCUCAACUAUUGCAUGGAAUUUAGUGGCUAGUUAUUAUGAAGAGUUGCCCUUUGGUCGAUGUGGAUUAAUGACAGCACAAGAGCCAUGGAGUGGCCACUACAGAGUAGAAGCGCCUAUUUGGAUUACAGCACACACAACCCAAUUUACUCAACCAGGCUGGUCAUACUUGCAAGUAGAUGGACACUUAGAAGGAGGCGGCAGCUUUGUAGCUCUGACUGAUGGCCUGGGAAACCUUACGAUUAUCAUUGAAACUAUGAGUCAUAAUCAUUCUCAGUGUAUUAGACCUCCACUGCCUCAUUUCAGUGUGUCACCUCAGAGGGCAACUUUCUACCUCGAAGGGUCUUUUGCUAUGGUGAAAACCCUUCAGGUGUGGCAUUCGAGGCUUGGCUUUGAAUCUGCACGCUCUACUUUCUUCCAGCAGCUUCAUCCUAUGAAGGUCUGGAGGGGAAGCUUUUCUUUAGAUCUAAAUGUGGAUGAAGUUUACACUUUAACCACGCUCGAGACAGGGCAAAAAUAUACUAGCCCAGAUCCUCCACCAUCUCAGCCCUUUCCUUCCAAUUACAAAGAUGAUUUCAAUAUUCGUAAUCCACCUUUCAGUGAAGCUCCAAAUUUUGCCGAUCAGACAGGUGUAUUUGAAUACUUCAUAAACACUUCUGAUCCGGGAGAUCACGUGUUCACGCUCCGUCAGGUAGUGCUUCAGCGACCCAUCACUUGGUCUUCUGAUGCAGACCAAACCAUCAGUAUCAUAGGAAACUUUCAGUGGGAAAACUUGACAGUCACUUGUGACAUCUACAUAGAACAACCACAUGAUGGAGGCGUAUUUGUUGCAGGAAGAGUUGGCAAUGGUGGGAUAUAUGUUCGAAGUACCAAAGGAGUUUUCUUCUGGGUUUUUGCAGAUGGUACCUACAGAGUCACUGGUGACCUAGCUGGAGAAGAAAUACUGAUGAAAGGACUCUCUGGUGUCCGGGCCAACGCGUGGCACACGCUUACUCUCAACAUCCAGGGCACUUCAGCCUCCGGACUGUUAAAUGGUUAUCCACUCUGGGAGAAUGUUACCAUCACUGAACCAAGUAAUGGCUGGGCUGCUAUCGGAACACGCUCCUUCGAGUUUGCACAGUUUGACAACUUUCACGUUGAAGCCAGCUGAGGUGGCUUUUUGUGUUUGGAGAACCCAGUUCUCUUAUUACUUUGAAUCAGCGCCAGUUCAAACUUUGAGGACAAUUUAAUGCUAUGUUGAGAUUGAUCUCUUGGCAGGGAAUCCAAAUUCUGUCCUUAAUGUUCGUUAGAUGUUUACUUGAGUAGGUAUCAAUGUGACUGUAACUUUAUCCCCUGGUUGGUAUGGGAUUUUCCCUUUCCAUUUUUAGGGGAAAAUUUUAGUUUAAGGUAAUGAUGGAAACUAAAUCAUAGAUUUAAAUCUUUUUGAAUACCAAAAUCUUAACUUCUCAGCUCACUUUUAAGACAGGUUUAGAAGGCAGCAGAUAGCAGGUACAGGAGUUUCAAGCUGCGGUUUUAACACUUAAAUAAUUGUGUCCAUUCCUUUCAUUCUCAAAGAAUGUAAUGCCAAUAAACCUAAUGAGCCAGUGGCCCCAUGUAGUUGUAGGCUGUGGUUCUAAAAUUUCCUUUGCACAAAGUGCCUAAGGUUUUUUCUGUUUUUCUACUACAGUAUGAGACUUGGCAAUAGAGUGCUUCAAGUGCAUUUGAUUACUUAGGCAAAAUUUCAUUACCAGCCUUAUAGUAGAUCAUAUUUUCAGUGGAAUAGAAGUGUAUCUUAUGACUGAUCAGGCAAUGCAGGAUGUGCCUUAAUUUUAAACUACCCCUUUUCCAAUGAAAGGAUUGAAAUGGGUUAAAAGUUGUAAGUUAAAAUUGACUCCUCGUGACUGUCUCUGCACAGUGUAAAGGAUAAACCCUUUGUGACCCUUUGUCAUCAACUCAUGGAUACUGAUAAGCAGAGCGUUACAUUCGUGUCAGAUCACAUGUGAAAAACUAGCCUUUUUUCACUAAAGCUUGGGUGAGCAUCUCUUUCCUGUGGUGGAGCGAAAAGUAGUAUGUAUGUAAUUUGUUUGACUGCAUUACUGUAGCACAGAGGGGCUGUGAAUAUCAUUUCCUUUUAUACCUAGGAUGACAAGAUUUAAAAAAAAAAAAAAAAAAAGUCUGUCUGUCUUAAGGGCUUGCAAUCUAUUCAUAUUCAAACUUUGCCUAGGCCUAACCGGGUAAAGCUCCGAGGGAAUUUCAAAUCCUAGGGAAAGGGGGGGGAGUUUCUGUUUUUUCUGUGGUUCACUUCAUAUUUUUUUUUUUCCCAAGUUACUUUUCCAAGUCAUUUUUUUUCCAAGAAAAAAUGCCUUGAAAAUAUAUUGUGGUCCAGAAUGGGACUUUCAUCACCCCUUUUCCAAAUUCAGUUGGUUUCUGAAUUUAUUUUAUUGUUGUCCUAUUGGUCAACUUGAAUGAAGUGGAUGUCCUUUGUCAUGACAAAAAAUGCCUCCUAUGUCCACUAACUUUUCCAAUUGAACUCCUGCUUAGUUGACAAGCAAGUAGUUCCAGACUUGAUAGGGCACUCAGAUCUGUAGUAGGAAAUCUCUUAUCUUGAGAAACAGAUUUGCAGUAUACUUUGGUUUAUAUUAAGUAUUACUCUGAUUCACAUUAUUUUGAAGACUGAUUCCAGUAAGCAUUAACUGAAGUCUUUUGAAGUGGUCAUCUAGUAUAGAUUCAAUAUAAUCACAGUUAUUACUGGAAGAUUAUUAUAAAGGUUAUUUUCCAAAUUAGCUUUUGGAGAAGAGUUCUCAAAAUUCCAUCUCUAACAGAUAGAGAUGAGUGUUUUUGGUGGUUGUGUGUGUGUCCCCUACCCCCAACAAUUAAUUAUUCUGCUAUCCCUAUUGACUAGUUACAAAUCUGUAUGUAAAGUUUCAUACAUGGAAGUAACCUUGAACAGUAGUCUAAAACACUAAACUUGGAAACUUUUUACAAGAGUUUCAAAAUAUUAAGUAGCUAUUCAUUUAACUAGGUGAGAAAUGAAAGCCAGUUUUCUGCUUCGGUUUCAUCCUGAUAGUUGAAGUAUGGAUGCAGGUCUAUUGGUUACUUGUUUGACUUCAGAAGAGACAUGCAGAUGGGAAUUCCAGAUGUGAACGAAUAAAAUUUUAGGUGCUCAUAUUGAAGUAAUACGAGUAUAGGAGAGAAGUUCUCCAGAAUAAACUGAUUUUAGGUGGGAUGAAUUUGCGCAGCAGGAGACUUCUUAAAGACUUCUUGGUAACUUUUGUGGGCUGUAAACUGUGUUUGUGUAAGGGAUUAGCGAUGAUACAUUACUCCAAAGGAGCUGUCCUGCUCUUUACCUUUUAAUGCACUGGUUUAACUAACAGUACUGUUGUUACAUUGUGUACUAAAUGCAAUGUAUUUUGCCACUGAAGUGUUGAUUUUUUUUUUUUCCAAAUCUUAAUUUAUAAAAUUAGAUGAUUAAACUGUUGUGAGCAGAAUAAGCAACUUAAUGAUGAUAUAAUGUUAUUCAUCUUUAUAUAUCUGUAAUUCUUCACCCUUCAGCAGGUUGUAAUAUGCCUGGCAAUAACAAGCUGUCCAUUCUUUUCAUUGAGGGGUGGAUUUAUGUUGUUGAUUAUAAAUACUAAUCAUUCUAAAUGGACAAAUAAAACACUUGAAAACCC